CAUGUAACUAUAACCAAACGUUGAGAGCUGUUUCCGGAAUGUUCCACAGUUCUCUCGUAUCUCUUUUCCGAGGCAGUCGAUCUUCUGUUCUCUAGCCCCCAAAUUCGUAAACUAUACAUGACACUGAUAUGCCCAUCUAUAAACUCUAGACCCACCUAAAUUCCAUAGCCAAUUUUCACAAAAAGGAUAUUUUGUUGCUAUUUUUGUUCAUGAUUUCGGGGUUUCUGUAGAAAAGUGCCUAAGGGUAAAAGAAGAGUUUUGGCAAAGUGAAGAAGAGAAAGAGAAUUGAGGAAGGGGAGAUGGGGGUGGACUAUUACAAGAUUCUGCAGGUGGAUAAAAGUGCCAAAGAUGAGGACUUGAAGAAGGCUUAUAGAAAGCUUGCAAUGAGAUGGCACCCCGAUAAGAAUCCCAAUAAUAAGAAGGAAGCGGAAGCCAAGUUUAAGCAGAUUUCUGAAGCCUAUGAUGUGCUAAGCGAUCCUCAGAAAAGAACAAUAUAUGAUCAGUAUGGUGAAGAUGGGCUGAAGGGGCAGGUGCCACCUCCUGACGCCGGUGGUGCUGGGGGGCCCACUUUCUUCUCCACAGGGGGUGGACCUACAUCUUUCCGAUUCAAUACCAGAAAUGCUGACGAUAUAUUCAAUGAGUUUUUUGGAUUUUCUAGCCCCUUUGGAGGAAUGGGAGGUGGUGGUAGUGGAAUGAGGAAUGCUAGGUUUGGUGGCAUGUUUGAUGAUGAUAUGUUUGCAUCUUAUGGCGAAGGAGGUGGUGGUGGAUAUCAAUCAGCACCGCGGAAAGGAGCUCCAAUUGAGCAGAGGUUGCCUUGUACACUUGAAGAGCUCUAUAAGGGAACUACUAAGAAGAUGAAAAUUUCAAGAGAAAUCCUGGAUGCUAAUGGGAAAACAGCCCCUGUAGAGGAGAUCUUGACCAUUAAUAUCAAGCCUGGCUGGAAGAAAGGUACUAAGAUCACCUUCCAGGAGAAAGGGAAUGAGCAUCCAAAUCAAAUACCUUCAGAUCUCGUCUUCAUUGUUGAUGAGAAGGCCCACAGAACUUUCACUCGAGAUGGGAAUGACUUGAUUUUUACGCAGAAGAUACCACUGGUGGAAGCAUUAUCUGGUUGCAUAGUACACAUCACUACAUUAGAUGGCAGGAAUCUAACAAUUCCCAUCAACAACGUGAUCCAUCCAGAUUACGAAGAGAUUGUCCCAAGAGAAGGCAUGCCAAUCUCAAAAGAUCCAACUAAGAAAGGGAAUUUGAGAAUUAAGUUUGACAUAAAAUUUCCUGCAAGGUUGACAUCAAGUCAGAAAGCUGGUAUAAAGGAGCUCUUGGGUUCUUGAGGUCAGGAUUUCUUUUAGUCAUCGUUAAGGCGUUGUUUAAUUAUUCACGAUCAGUUCAUCUUUUUGGCACUCCUAAAUUUAUGGAUUGAAAUAUGGUGUGGUGCUUCAAAUUAUAGAUAUAGACAACAGUUGGUUUUAUCAUAUUUAAGAUUGUGAAACUAUAUCUUUUGUCACUGGAUUGUAUAAGAUAUUUUUUUUUUCUCGAGAUCAGUUA